UGACAAAGAAGACAUGUGUGAUUAUGCCUUCCAGAUUUCGCAAGAUCUCACAAUCUCUUCACGAUCAUUUCCUCCUGUCUCCCUCCACUCCUCAUAUCAUAUAUAUAUUCACAAACACAUCUUCCUUUCAUUUCAUCCACCCUCUCAUCAAUCAUAUCUACAUUCAAUCAAUCCUCCUCAAUGGAAACCAUCAACGCUUGUUGCGAUCAACUUACAUCCUCCACCUCCAAAGAGUUACACGUUCUCGCUGUCGAUGACAGCAACAUCGACCGCAAAGUCAUCGAGCGCCUCCUCAAAAUCUCCUCUUUCAAAGUUACCGUUGUCGAUAGCGGAAGCAGAGCCUUACAAUACCUCGGCUUAGAAGAAGAACAAUCGGAUUCUACCCAUUUCGAUGAUUUGAAGGUGAAUCUGAUCAUCACCGAUUAUUCCAUGCCUGGAAUGACAGGAUUUGAGCUUCUAAAGAAAAUAAAAAAUUCUUCAACAUUGAAGCAGAUUCCUGUAGUUAUCAUGUCUUCAGAGAACAUUGUAACACGCAUCGACCGAUGUUUGGAAGAAGGUGCUGAAGAUUAUCUUUUGAAACCAGUAAAGCUAUCGGAUGUCACACGCUUGAAGGAUUCGAUUUUAAAAACCGAAACCACAGGAAUUAAUCAGUUACAAUCUCACAGAAGUAAGAGGAAGAGAACUGAUAAUGUGUCAUUUUCACCUCAACAACCUACACAGAAGCAUGCUAGAUUGUAACUAACCAUAUAUAUCCGGGUUGUUGUUUUGCGCCUGCGAAUUCUUUUGCUCACAACUGGAGAAACUGAAUCUUUGGGUUUUUUUUACACGCCCGAAUUGUUCGAUAUCUUUUGAUGUCAAGGAACGAUAUGGAUGUGUGUGAUUUCACUAUGAGAGUUGUUUUUGUUGAUGAAUGUACUCUCAUGGGUUUGCCUCGCGGCUAGGGCGGGUCUGUUAGACCCCCCGAUGAUCGAAUUUUCGACUGAUAGAGGUGUUCGAUGAUUCGGUUUUUGACCUCUGAUCAGGAUGUUUUUGAAGGAUGUAAAAAGGAAUUUUAUUGUAACCCAUUGGAAAGUUAUAAUCAUUGUUGUGACUACAAUACCUUUUUU